AUGAGAUCGAUGAAGUUGGCUUUGUUUGUGGUUGUAAGAUGGAUAUGCGAUCAGUUGGUUAUCAUCAUCACUCGGGACAAUACGGACAGUCGGGAGUGCGCUAUCCGCCUGUCCGUUCGCACGCAGCUGUCGAGAAAGCACAAUCCUGAUAAUAUCUGGAGUGGUCUUGCUGCAGACGUCAUCGGCAAGGAUGACUUUGAAGGGCCUGGUAAUGGAGACACCACAUGUGCCGAAGAUCUGGACGUCGACGAAGACGACGCACAUCAGCCCAUAAUUGCAGCACGCACAAGACGAGAGGCGCUUUGCGCGUGGCUGCGACAUGGUGCUGUGGGAGUGGGCAGAGCAGCUGUGCUGUCGAAACGAGGCAUGGCCGCAGAUGGUGUUGCUCUGCCUAUCCUAAGUCUCCAGAAGCGGGUCAGGGCGAGCUCGAAGAAGGGUGCAGGGCGGGCUCGGCCAUGCCAUGGCAGGCUGGUUUCUUGGGUUGUCGAGCCGAGAACGUGGGCUUUCCACGCCUUUGACGCCGUGCGUGCAGCGGCUGGAGGGAAUGAGCUGGCAAUGACAAUUUGGAUUUGCUCGGACUUGCUCAACGCUCUCCGUCAGGGUGUCAAGGCCGUCAAAAUGCGUCGAUGUUGUUGGAUCUGUGCAGAUGACCAGCCCGAAGGCCUCAUGGCAUGUUGUCGCAACAUGACGCCCGUUCGAAUAAAGUGCAUUCGGAAAGGCGCCGCUGAGCGCGCUGCUGACAAACGGGCGACAAAGGAAAAUGAAGAGAGACAAAGAGAGCGCUGGACGGUGACAAUAGAGUUCGUCAGCGUUGUAUCUGUGCCCGCGUCAGGUGGCCGUUCGCCAAUCGGUUUUAAUUAUUGA